AUGAGUGAUGAUUAAAUAGAAAUUUACUAUACAUUUUAGAAUAAAACUCAAACUAUAAGAGUAAAAUUGAAUGUUUUAAUUUAUCCCAUGUUUCAAAUAUUACUAGGUAUCCAUCCAGAUGAAUUUGUUAUAAUAAUUGAUAAUGAUUAUAAUUAGAUCAUAAAAAGAUUUUAAAUAUUUUCCUAAAUAAAGAAUAACCAUUAUUACAUUUACAAUGUUAAAGAUUUAUUGAAGGAAAAGUUUCUAGUUGCUGAAAAAAUUGCAAAUGAUAAAAAAUAAUAUGAAUAAAUUGUAAAAGGUAAUAAAUAAUAAGAAUAGAUUGCAAAAGAUUGUAAAUAAUAAGAAUAAAUUGCAAAUGAUAUAAACUACUCAGAAAAAAUUUAACAAAGUACCAAUAACAAAUAAAUUAUUACUAAACCUAUUAUAUAUGCUAGUUUAGCAAAAGACGAAUUAAAGGACAUCUACUAAUCUGCUCAACUAGAAAUACAAUAAAUUUGUUAUUAUUGCAAAAAAAUAAUAGAGGAAAACUAAAUUUAAUUGACAUGCUAUCAUCAUUUACAUUUAGAAUGUUUUACUAUGUUAAUUUAAAAUUAAAUACAAAAUAAUAGCCCAAGAUUGCUAUGUCUCUGUAAUCAAUAUAUAAAAUCGCAGUUAAUUUAGAAUUAUAUACAUGAUGAAAAUCUAAUUGAGCAAUAUUUUAAUAAUCAACUCAAAUAUAUUCAAAAGGGUUAAACGAAAUAAUUUAAAAUAUGUUAGAAAAGUGAAUAAUGCCCAUUCUUUUAUAUUGAGACAGAUAAUUAGAGCGUUUCUUAUUGCGAACAAUGUGAUCAAUAAACAUAAACACUAGCUAGCUAUAUAAAAUUGAAUUUCGUUUAAAUAUAUAAAUCCUAUUGA